GCCUUGUGGAAUGACGUGUCAAGAAAGAGCCGGAAGCUUCCAGUCUGUCCAAAAUGGCUUACCAGACCCUACAGCAGGAGUAUUUACAGAUUCCUGUUGUUACACGGGCAUAUACAACCGCCUGUGUCCUCACGACUGCUGCAGUGCAACUAGAGAUCAUCACACCAUUUCAGCUCUACUUUAAUCCGGAUUUGAUUCUAAGGAAUUACCAGGUAUGGCGACUAAUAACCAACUUCCUGUUUUUUGGUCCAGUUGGCUUCAAUUUCCUGUUCAAUAUGAUAUUUCUGUACAGAUACUGUCGCAUGCUGGAGGAGGGCUCCUUUAGGGGCCGCACGGCUGACUUUGUCUUCAUGUUCCUCUUUGGGGGGCUUCUCAUGACUAUAUUUGGAACGUUUGUGAGUCUGGUGUUCCUGGGCCAAGCCUUCACCAUCAUGCUGGUGUACGUGUGGAGCCGGAGGAACCCCAACGUUCGCAUGAAUUUCUUCGGCCUGCUCAAUUUCCAGGCACCCUUCCUACCCUGGGUGCUGAUGGGAUUCUCACUUCUUCUGGGCAACUCCAUCAUUGUGGAUCUUUUAGGUAUCGCUGUGGGUCAUGUGUACUUCUUUCUGGAGGAUGUUUUCCCCAACCAGCCGGGUGGUGGAAGAUGGCUGAGGACCCCGUCCAUCAUAAAGAUGCUGUUUGACACACCAGAGGAAGAUGCCAACUACAACCCCCUGCCGGAGGAGCGCCCGGGGGGGUUUGCCUGGGGAGAGGGACAGCGCCUUGGAGGUUAAGCGGCCCCCAGGCAGUCCCUGUCUAUCAGGUCACUUCCAAGGACAUUCCCUCAGAGACAUGAAGGGACAAACAUGGUCUUUGUUUCUGACUUGUUUGAUUAGUUGUGGAUGAAGAAUGCCAAACAGCCAGAGCUGCUUUUGAGAUAACCGUCUGUUGUCUUUGUGUAUGGGCUCAAAUCAUCCCCAGAAACUCUUCUUGAAGCAAGGUGGUUGCUCUAAGACUAUUUAAGAGAAGAUCUCUUCACAUGGAACUCUGCAAUGAGAGCCUCUAGGCUCAGGUGAUGUUCGUCUUCAUAUAAAAAAAAUAAAAAAUUAUAUAUAACAACUGUCAUAUGAAUGACGGUGAUAAAAUAGCAAAGUGGAUUUAUUCAGAUUGCGAGUGCAUUUUCUUUCUCAUUUACCUUUUUAAAAAAAAUAAAUGUGUGUGGCAAAUGAA